CCCCCUAGAAUCAAACCCAAAGAACUCUCGCAUUUUCUGUUGCCGUGGAGUAUCCUCCCGUUAUCUCCUUUACAAAUGGGCUCUGUGGCCUAGCGCACUCUUCCCCCGAGCCAGGUCACCCGUGAUCGUCCGCCGCAGUCCACUGCCUGACAGGGGCUGCUCGGGAGCCGCCACUAAGGUUUACAUCAUCACAAGGAAAAGAACAAGCAACAUGGCAGCAAUCCCGUCCAGCGGUUCACUCGUAGCAACCCACGACUACUACCGAAGACGUCUGGGUUCCACUUCCAGCAACAGCUCCUGUGGAAGUGCUGAGUACUCUGGGGAAGUGAUCCCCCACCAUCCUGGUCUUCCUAAAUCAGAUCCAGGCCACUGGUGGGCAAGCUUCUUCUUCGGGAAAUCGAGUCAUCCUUUCAUGACAACUGUAUUGGAAUCCCCAGAGCACUCAGGAACUUUCCAGGUUGCUCAUGGCACGAUCACCUGUGACCUGGCUCAGGAGGCCAUGAGGAAGCGGCAUGUCAGCGAGCCCAGCAAAACCAGCCCUGGGCCUUCUGCAUGAGUGGCAGUACCGUUCCCCGCUUCUGAAGUGUGCUAGGCAUCAGAGCCCAUUUCCCCCUCCCCACCCCUUCCCUCCCCUCCCCUCCCUUCUCCCACCCAUUCCUUUAGAAUAGACAGGCUGCUUAAGUGUAGAGGUAGUUGUGUUGUGUGUGUGGUUUUUUGGUUUUUUUUUUAAGGAAAACAAAACAAAAGCAAACACCAAAAAACAAGUAAAAGAAACCACACUAUUUGUUUUUUUACUAUCUGAAUCACCUAUGUGCUUUCCAGCAGCCUCAGUAACUUUGUUUACUUUGUACUCAACAGAAACUAAUAAACUUUGAGCAGCCUUUUAA